AUGGCCUCCCUGUCUUUCGCACUGGCUGUCGCCCUGACUGCGUGUGAGGCUUCGCUGGUGAAGGAUCCAUCCUUUGAGCAGGAUUUUCGUGCCACGGGCUGGGCGAUCUCCAGACAGCUGUUGCCAACAUCGGAGCUGCAGGCGGUAUCAGCGAGACUGGAGAGUUUGCUUUCGGAGCAUGGCCGACGAGCUUUCGGCGACGACGGGUCCAAGGAAGUCCGCUUCACCUUUGCAGUGCAUGAACUGGACGGCACUGUGAGCGACUUCGUAAGCAAAGACACGGGCGCACUCUGGCAGCAGGCCGCACGGCUGGCUGGCACCGAGCGGCUUUGCAUCCUCAUGGACCGCGGAUUCUCGAAGGAUCCCGGGGAUCCGGAAACGCAUUGGCACCGCGACGACGAAGCGAUCGGCCUUCCAAACCUUCACCCAGGCCUUCGAACAGUCCAUGCCUGGAUUCCUCUCGUGGCCAUGGGGAAAGACUUUGGCACACUCAGAUACCUUCUCGGCACGCACCGGCGACAGUACGGCUGGUUUGAAUCGCUUCUGGCAUCGUUGUGGGGCUGGGAGUUUACCUGGUUUCUCACAUCGAGGACAGAGCAAGACGACAACUUGCAGUUCGGCGAUGUGGCAUGGCACGACGGCUGGACAUUGCAUUCCGCCGGUUCCAACCAGGCAGCCGCAGUUCGAAAUGGUUUCGCCAUCAGCUAUGCCUAUUGUAUCGAUCCGAACGGCUGCCGCGGAUUUAACCAGCGCGUCUCCCAGAAGGAUCCUUCUUCGGCAUUCUUCGGCUUCAUGGGGGUUACCUCCGCUCUGGUGUUCGCCAACUUGGGAGCGGCCUAUGGAACAGCGAAAUCUGGAGUUGGAAUCGCCUCGAUGGGCGUCAUGCGUCCGGACAUGAUCAUGAAGUCCAUCAUUCCGGUGGUCAUGGCCGGUGUACUCGGCAUCUAUGGCCUGAUCACAGCGGUGAUCAUCAACGGCAAGAUGGACGCAGCCAAUUACUCGGCCUACUCCGGCUACGCGCACUUGGGAGCAGGACUUACCGUUGGCAUGAGCUCCCUGGCUGCGGGUCUCGCAAUCGGCAUUGUGGGCGAUGCUGGCGUCCGGGCCAAUGCUCAGCAGCCACGUCUCUUCGUUGGCAUGAUCUUGAUUCUUAUCUUCGCAGAGGCUCUGGGGCUCUACGGUCUGAUCGUUGGUCUGGUGGUGGCCUCCACAGCUGAAGGGAAGGGGAAAGGCCUUUGCACACCUUAUGCCCAGAGCAGGCUCAUGGAGUCGGAGAUAGAUGGUGAGGGCACGGCGGCUGAUCUCUUAUUCGACAAGCAGUGGCGCGAGCGACACAGGAACGGGGAGAAUGACUAUUCCAAGAACAUGAUCACCGAGCCAUUUGCUCAGCAGGCCACUCGCUUCGUGCUGCGUUCUGUGGUGGGUGCGCUGUGCGGCCUGGGGGUACACGCAUUGAUCCAGCGCUGCCGUGGGAAAGAAGAUAAAGUUGCAUGA